UUUCGCGAUGAAUCGUCUUCUGAGGUCCCUCGUGAGGCGCCAUUCUUCCACAUUUCAUCGCAAUUUCUCAUCAAGUACAUCUCCUGCAUGUCCCGUUCUCAAAAUCGAGCAUUUGCAACAACGACAAAUGAUAUUUUUGGCUGGCGACGAGACAAGUCAGUUCCUUCAGGGGCUCGUAACGAACGACAUGAGCCAUUUGGAGCGCGGAAAUACCGCCAUGUACGCCUUAUUUCUGAACAAAGGAGGUCGCGUGAUGUACGACACGAUAAUUUACAAAGAGAAAAAUGCCAAAGAAGGAAGUUUCUAUGUCGAAGUUGAUGCCGAGGUAGCAGAUCAGGUCGUCAAACACUUGAAACUUUAUCGAGUACGGCGGAAAAUUGAAAUCGAAAAGACUGAAAACAAGAAAGUUUGGGUUGUUUUCGAUGAUGACACUGAAAAAAAGUCAAAAUCGAUCGUUUUGCCGAAGAAAAAUGUGGAAACGGGGAUUUGUUGUACAGAUCCAAGACUGAAAAACCUCGGAACGAGACUGAUUUUAGACUCUAACGUCGGAAUUGACGACAUAAAAUCCCUUUUUGACGUUCCCGAGAUGGUCGAAAGCAACGAAAAUGACUACAGGAAGCAUCGUUACCGCUUGGGGAUCGGCGAAGGUGUUCAAGAUCUCCCGCAAGGCAAAGCAUUUCCGCUGGAAGCGAACGUAGACUAUCUCAAUGGGGUCAGUUUUCACAAAGGUUGCUACGUUGGACAAGAAUUAACCGCCCGAACGCAUCACACAGGCGUCGUUCGCAAGCGUUUGAUGCCUUUGACCUUCAAAACGACUCUCCCAAACCUUCUCGAGCCCCAAACGAUCGACAUUUUAAACGAAUCCGAACAAAAUGUUGGUAAAUUACGCGGAUAUUGUAACGGAAAUGGCCUCGCCCUGCUGCGAAUCGAACCCGCUUUAGCUGCGAAGAAGCUUUUUGCGAACGGAAUCGAAGUUGAAACCCGAAAACCCGCUUGGUGGCCCCAGAAUGACGACUCAUCGAAGCACAUUAGAUGAUUUUCGUAAAAAAAAUCCUUUUUUUCAGACAUGAGCAUGCCAAACGAAGUCCCGAAGGAGGAAAAAUCCGAACCUGAAGUCAUAAAUUUCAACUGCGACAAUUGCGGGAUGAGCGAAAUUUGUCAUUACAAAGGAAAAAAUCCGUA